AUGGCGCUUCUCACGAGGUUCUCUCACAUUUUGUCUAACGAAGACCUUUUCGAUUAAGAAUUCUCUUUGCUGCUUGCGUCGGCGUCGCCGCUUAUGCAGUAGGCCUUUGGUACUUUUCAAGAAAGGACAAGCAAAAACACAAACAAAUUAGUCGGGUUCUCAGGUUGACUUCAAAGAUGUUGGAUGAAUUCAGAACUGAAGAUUGAAAACGUGGAGAAAGGCAUAGAAACCCCUGAAAAGACCGCGAAAAUAGAAGAAAGGGUGAAUGAAGAAAUCAAGCCGCUGAAUGAAGGCGAAACCAACAAAAAGGAAGAAAAAGUAAGUUAUAACGAAGACUUUUUAUUGCUUGAUGAGAAAGUGAAUUCAUCAAUUUUAUAGAAUUUUCCCGAAAGUGCGAGCCUCAUAUGGUUUCAGUGUUAGUUAAAAAUUGAAAGAAUUUCUUCUCAAAACGAGAAAAGAAAACUCAAAAAUGUCUUCGCUAGAUAAAAUUAUUUUUGGAGGUAUUUCUUUGAAAAAAAUCUUUUUAAAAAUCUUUUUUUAAAACAUUUUUUUGCAAGCUUUGAAAAAGUCGCAGUUUUUUUCGCACCUGGGACGACUCGAAACGUCGUGAUUGGGACCAUCUAUCCUAGCUAAAAACGCAACUAUCCUUUCACAGUCUAAUCAUUCCAUUUGACAAGAAUUCGUAAUCUGAACGAACUUACAUCGAUUUCUCAUACCCUUAUAUCUUGUAGGUUCCAAACCGGCCUCCCCAGGAAACCCUUCCGAGUUUGACGUCAGAUCCUCCGACGUCGUCGACGUCUUCAAGUUUCGACGGCGCCAGCACAAUCAUCAGUGCGAGCACGGCGACGGAGACUUCGUCGAGGAGCGCCUUAAUGGCGCCAGAUCCGUUCAAAAUCGGCUUUCGCCAUGAGCCCGUCUCAUUUUUCUCAUUCUUUCUUAAAUCUAGAGCUUUUAUUUUUAGAAAAAAGAAGCGACUCCGGAAGUGUUGAGCCUCUCAUCGCCGGCAAACAAUAUUCCGGUUUGAUUUUUUCCACAGUUUUUCUUAAAUAUUUUUUGUUUCAGGACAACAGAUCCCCAGUAGCGUUACCUAGCAUUCAAGACGUGCUCCGGGACGGAUUUUCUCAAAAAAAUCCAAGAGCAAGUCGCUCUUCUUCUUGUGAAACGGCAAAGUCGGUUAGCCUCGCAACUGCCAUGGUUUUCUGUGUAAAGUUGUUUUUUUAAUACUCUUUUUUCAGGAGUUUAGAUCAAAAAUCACUAGCAGCAGCAGCUCCGAAAGGUUCUUUUUGUUGUUUCUAUUGUAAGAAUGGUCCUUGAAAAUUGAAAUUCGAAUGAAUAUCUACGUAACAAUCAACAGCCUGCAGAACGUCUCAGUUCUGAUAGCUUGCUCAGCUUUCGAAGCAGUGGCCUAUAAAUAUGAGGUUCUUCAAGUUGAGAUUUUUGUUUUUGGCUGGAAAAGAGGAUGUAAAGGGAUUUCAGCCGGUGUUCAAAUGAAAUAAUCGAAUUUCGACUUUGCAGCACAAUCAGCCCAGAAGGAAAGUCGCUGUACGCCGUCUGCUACUGCCGGUGAGGCCGGAAAAGAAUGGAAAUUUGAGUUUCUUCGCAGGGAAAAGGAAAGAAGCGUGCCUCUGAGAGACGAAAACUGCUUGUUCGACCCGAAUCUGAAGCAUACAUUGUACCCUACUGAUGUGAAUUUUGAAGGUGCACCUUUUGAAGAAUGAUCUGUUUAAGAUUCUGCCGCUGUCUUACUCACGACCGGCGUGCGUCAACCUACUCGAUCCCACUCCCGAGGACAACGAGGAGCUCUCGGCUGCCGUUUUCGAACGACCCGAGGCCUUAGACCACGUCGACGUUGGUUUCAGAACUGUUAUACAGUGUUCAACAAGUUUUCGUGUUUCUUAUCCCCGUUGACCUUCCGUUUUGCAACCAAAACAUCGCUAUUGAAUCACAGACGGACGACUGCACAUUUCCCUCAUAAGUGCCUUUUCAGGACUUUGUUUCGCCUUUCGAGCAAAUUCUCAGCGGCAUCACGUAUGCUCACGCUCACGCAGCGCUCAUCAACAAUCUUCUCGAAAACUACGCUUUUCUCGACUGUUCGCAAUAA